UUUCUUGCAACCCGGGCUGAACUCGCACCAACGGACUUGAGUCGACGCGGGAUCUCGUUCUCAUUUGCCCAAUUGCUAAAACUAUAAAUCAAAGCCAUCGUUCUAAUCAAUUUCUCAAUAAAUUUCACUCUGAAAUUCAAGAAUCUUGUUGAGUUUCUGAAAUUCAAUGCUAAAGGCAAUACAGAUUCUUGGUUCAUCGUCAGGGUUUGUGGCUUUUCGAUGGAAACCGCAUGCCACUAGCGGUUUUAUCUUAGUCUCCACCAACCCAUUAUCUUAUUCUGCUCCUAGGAAAGGACCCACGAGACCUUCUCUUCUGUCAUCGCCUUAUUCGACUAGCAAAGCAAAUUCUUUAAGGGCACUUUGUGCGCACUCUACUGGGUCCGAGUCAAAGAUGGAUGCUUCUUCUCCGGCUCCUCCAUCGAUUGCAGUUCAGUCAGCUGGAAUUGUUCGCAAGAUCAAUUUUUGUCAAUGGUGUGGUGGUGCAACAAAGUAUGAGAUACCUGAUGGAGAGGAAAAGAUGAGAGCUAUUUGCACACUUUGUGGGAAAAUUGCCUACCAGAACCCUAAAAUGGUUGUGGGAUGCCUCAUUGAGCAUGACAACAAGGUCCUACUCUGCAAGCGAAAUAUCCAACCAUCUUAUGGCCUUUGGACUCUUCCUGCUGGUUACUUGGAAAUUGGUGAGUCAGCUGCUGAAGGGGCAAUCAGGGAAACCUGGGAAGAAGCACGCGCAGAGGUAGAAGUGGUGUCACCUUUUGCUCAAUUAGACAUCCCUCUUAUUGGCCAGACGUACAUAAUUUUCUUCACAAAGUUGAAGAAGCCCCAUUUUUCACCAGGGCCAGAGUCAUCGGAGUGUCGGCUUUUUUCACUUGAUGAUAUACCUUUUGAUUCUCUGGCCUUUUCAUCCAUGUUCGUUACAUUAAAUUUGUAUACUGAGGAUGUUAAAGCUGGAAGACUAAAAUUUCACUAUGGUACCAUUAAUAAAAGGCCUGGCACAAGCCCUUCUGAUAUCCAUGCCUUUACUCUUGACUAUCAUUUGCAGUCCUGAAAGAUGACGAUUCCUUUGCCUUGGUUUGUGAGAGGAUUAACAAGAAGCGAACACAUCAAAUUUUGAACAGCUUAGAUUGAAAUUCUUUUAUUUUCAUCCCGUGUUGGAAGAUGGAGAUGGUUAAGCAGUUUCAUUUGGUGUUUGGAGGCUAUCUGGCGAAGGAGCGAAUAUACCCUAUAAUGACAGGAUUAUCAGAAUGGCGUCGGGACUUCUUAUGUUGUUUUAUUUGUAAUUGGCCAACUUAAUGGUUUUGAUUGUUAUCAAAUACUGUAUCCAAAAUGCAGGGCAUAAUUCUUAUGCAUUGAAGUGAUACCUGUAACUAAUGAAUAAGCCUUCUCAGCUUUUAGUUUUCA